UGUGUCUAUAAAACUGUGAAUUAAACAGAUGAAUAUAAUAACUAUAUGCGACGUUAACUAAAGAAUUGUGUCGUUUCGAAAAAUAAACUGCGUUGGCCCAGAUUUGUUGUUUCGUGAAUUAACCGUUCAUCAUAAAACAUCAAAGCGUCGAAAUCAUGAAGUUAGUUUCGGUAAAUAGCUAGAAUAAGGUGAUAUAUUUGGUUUUGAUAUGAAGAGUAUUAUUAAAAAAUGUGGUAUAGGCGUCAGAUAUGUUGAGUUUACGGAGAUGGUCGCACGUGGCGGUGUGUAGUGACAUAUGUUAUAAUAGUGACGUAUUUAUUAAUGUCCUUUCGUGUUUUGACAAAUUGAUCUAGUGUUAAAUAUAGUGUGACAUGGACGUAUUCCUGUUAAUCUUCAAAGGCUUGAAAAUUGAUGAUGUAAGUUGUCGUAGGUACUCGCUAGAUGGCGACGCUCGCGCGCUUUGAGCGUGGCUAGCCGCUAAGCUGUCAGUCGUGCGACGACCGCCCGAUGGGAAAGACGUCCGGUGGACGCCCCGACGCAGGAGUACGCGCUCAGAGAUUCAGUAGUCGCAGAGAGUCAGGUGUAGCGUGGGGGCGGCGCGGGCGUGGCGUGGCGGGCGCGCGCGGCGCGGGCGCGUGGCGGCGGCGUGAGCGCGCCGGGCAUCCGCGCAGGCCCAUGGAGAUCCUUACCAGCAUCUACGCGUUGCUCGCUGGAGGGCAAGGGGUAAACCCGAAAAUCGACUCUAUAGCAUUUCGUCUUCAUUGCGGGGCCACAACGGCGGCUCUUUUGGCGGCAAGCGCGGCCCUUACCACGCGCCACCUUGUGGGCAACCCCAUAGACUGCAUACACACAAGGGACAUACCGGAGGACGUGCUGAACACCUACUGCUGGAUCCACUCGACGUUCACCGUGGCUGGUGAGGCGGGAGCCUACCCCGGGGUGAGGGGGGCGGGGACGGCGACGCGUCGGUACGGGAAGUACUACCAGUGGGUAGCGUUCACCCUAUUCCUUCAGGCAAUGUUAUUCUACGCUCCGAGGUGGUUAUGGAAGUCCUGGGAGGGGGGCAAGAUCCGCGCCCUGAUGAUGGAUCUGGACGUGGGGGUGUGCACCGAAAUAGAGAAGAAGACGAAGAAGAAACUGAUCCUGGACUACCUGUGGGAGAACCUUCGGUAUCACAAUUGGUGGGCCUACCGCUACUACUUGUGUGAGGGGCUGGCUCUUGUCAAUGUUAUUGGGCAAAUGUUCCUGAUGAACCGGUUCUUCGACGGCGAGUUCAUGACCUUCGGCCUGGACGUAAUCGCCUACAUGGAGUCUGACCAGGAAGACCGGAUCGACCCUAUGAUUUACAUAUUUCCUAGAAUGGUGAAGUGUACACUAUUCAAUAAAUUUGGAUCAUCGGGCGAAGUGGAGAGACACGACGCGCUCUGCAUUCUGCCGCUGAACGUGGUCAAUGAGAAAAUUUACGUGUUUCUCUGGUUCUGGUUCGUCAUCCUAGGAAUCCUCACAUUCAUCACCCUCAUAUAUAGAAUCGUCAUCAUCUUCUCCCCACGCAUGAGAGUCUACAUGAUGAGAAUGAGAUUCAGGCUGGUCAGACGAGACAAUGUAGAUACCAUCGUACGGCGGAGCAAAAUGGGAGAUUGGUACUUACUUUACAUCCUUGGGGAGAAUCUCGACUCGGUCAUAUUCAGAGACAUCAUGCACGAGUUCGCGAAUAAGUUAAAUCACAACUAUCAACAUCAUAUCCACGGUGUUCCUGACGCGUGACCUCCGGUGCCAGGGUGGGUGUUCCACACGUGACUGACGUCAUUACAGCGCCACAUGGACCCUCCCGUCUGAGUGCGCUGUAAUUAACAAAGUGUCAACAGACUUCCAAAUUUUUUUCGUUCACAUGUGAACAUUACAUUAGCGGACCUAAUUGACUGCCUAGAGGCACCCCACGCCCACGCUGGACGUUAAAUCCGCGGAGUGUAUCAUGUAUAUCAAAGACUUGUUUAAACUGUAUUUUUAAACUUAACAGUGCAAUUCUAAAAGCAAUAAUAGAUUGUACUUAAUGUUUAAGAACGUGAUCUCAGGAUGAAUUAUGUCGAAAGCCUUUAAAAAGUCAUCGGUGACGGCUAUCCCGUUAGAGUGUCUAGUGUUCAACUUUUAGAAGUACUUUUACUAGUAGUUUGGCUGCUCUUAGAAAUUGUUUGUCGAGAUCGCUUCGUUUCUGUAAACUAGCGAAUAAUAUUGAAGAUAAGCACACAGAUAGCA